AUGUAUCAAACUCAUCACCAGAGUAGGUUGCAGGCGCAUCAUGCCAGCCUGUGCGUUGUGCAAGGGCAGCAGCCACAACCACCGCAGCAGGCGCAGUAUCAUGCUGGUCAUCUGCAACAGCAACAGCAGCAGCAGCCGCUGCCGCCACCACCGCCGUACCCACAGCAGUCGGCACAGCAGCAGCAUCAGCAACAGCAUACACAGCACCAGCAACAGCAUGGAAUGCAGCGUGGUGCUAAUCAAGGCUUCAGCAUACCUCGGACUGUUUCCACGCCUACGUGGAUGUCGAGCGCGAACCCGGCGGUACACAUGCACUCGCAUCCGUCCAGCAUCAAUGCUGCUGUUGCCACGGCUGCGACGGCUGCGACUGCGGGUCCAUCGGCGCCUUCCUCUUCGUCGUCGUCCGGAUCGCUGCUGUCGUACUGGGACCAGGGCGCGACGAGCGACAGCGAGCUUACCAUGACAUCGGCCAUGACGCCGGGCGAUGCGCAUCAUCACUCCAUGUCAGAGAUGCCAAGCAGCGGUGGUGCUCACCAUCGAUAUGCUUCAACGGCUUCGUUGCCAGCUAUCUCACCGACCGGUAUGGCUAGUGGUGCGCAUUCGUCUUCGUCGCACGUGAGUAGCGCAGGUAGUUCGUACGCGUACAUGGCGGUGGGUGGAUCCGACUACCAUGCGUAUGGUGUGCGGCCUGCGUCCAUGUCCAUGUCGGCAACUCAGCCGCAGCAGUACGGCUACCACUCGACGCAUCAACACGCUCCAUCGUCGGGCAUGACUGGCGGUCUGGCCUACUCUUCCUCGGUCUCCACUCCGCUGCCAUCGUCCGGCUUGAUGUACGCAUCGUCCAACUCCUCUGCCUCGCUUGGCGCAGCUGCCAACUAUGACAGCUACGCACAGCCAUCACUCUCUUCGCAAUACGUCUCGUACUUGCCGCCCGCUCUGCAUGAUUCGCGCUUCUACCCUCUCAACCCGUUCGAGAUCAAGCAUCGACGACGUACCACAAAGACGCAAUUCCGAGUGCUCGAAUCAACGUUUCGAGAGAUUCCGAAACCCAAUGCGACACUGAGGAAGCAAAUCAGCGCUCAGCUCGACAUGCCGGUCCGAGCGGUACAGAUCUGGUUUCAGAACCGAAGGGCCAAGGCGAAAGCGAUGGAGAAGAAGAGGCAGGAUGCGUCAGGGGGUGUAGCACAGAGUGGUGGCGGAGGUGGGAACACGAGUAGUAGCAGUGGCGACGUCGGUAGUGGUGUGGCGGCAGAAAGGGGGAGGGUGCAAUCUGGAGGGAUGGCGGGUGGAUCUCAUGCGUACGGUGAAGCUGGAGAGCACAAGUACGAAGAUUUGCGCAGCGCGGGGCAACAGACCGACUUACCGUUCGGGCACAGCAUGCUUCGUCCCGGAAGCAGAUCGAUGGAUCUUCCUCCGCUCCGCAUGGGCAUGGACCAUCUGCGUGGAGACAGCUACACGACUGCCACCACCUCAGCUUCUUCGACACCAUCUACCGCGUCCACAGCUCGUCCGAUCGACGCGUCACGCGAUCGAGAUCGAAAAUUGGGCUCCUCUCUAACCUCUUCCAUGGCGAUCCAUCCGUCUUCGACAUUCAACAUUGUCGGUGGAGCAGGACAAGCAGAGUAUCCAGACGAGCAGGCUGGCGUCCAUCGCGGAGCCAUUGCACACCACACUGCGCUCCCCGGACCUGCUAUCCUCGCUGGCGCAACUGGUGAAGACAUACAACACGCCACAGGCGCAAGCCUGCUCAGCGCCGGCAUGCCUUCCACCUCUUCCGACCGCCCAUCCUCGCGAAUGUCCACGCUGCCACCCCCCACUCUCCCCAGCCCCUCUUCGCGAUCCUUCACCGACGACCACUCGAUCCGCUUCUGA